AUGACACUUCUAGAGGUAAAAGGAAGAAGAUGGGCUUUUUUUUAUCAAUUAAAUACCCCUCGAAAAAUGGGUACACUACUACUACUACUGAGGAUCUGCAAGAAGGAGCGAUGUUGCCAAAUAACCUUGAUGAAGUUCGUGCUUGUCUGUGUUAGUUGGUUUACAAAGACCGAAUAUCUCGAACAUUGAAAAUUGAAAACAAAAGUUUUUUGUUCGUGAAACAGACCACGCUUACUUCUUUUUACGGACGAGGGAGGACGAGGAUCAAGAACUAACGAGAGAUGAUGAUGAAUAUCUGAAUAUGGAGGGUCUAUCUCUGCUCUUCUAUUUAGAAGGUACAGGGUGGCUGAAAGGCCUCUAUGACGUUAUAAUGUGAGAAGAGGUAGUUCCAUGACAUGAUGACGCUGACUACAGAGGACAUUUCUCUUCGCGUCUGAAAAAUUUUCAUGGAAGUGGAAGAAUUAAGUUCUUACAACAACGGAUAUCGAUAUUGUGGGUGUAAGCAAUUUCAGCUGAUGACCAUUCUUCGCUAGUCGUCUGUUACUUCUCUAUCUCUUGUCUGGAGAGUAUAAAGAUCGAUGAAAAUUCCAAUGAGAAAUUAAUUUAAGUAUUUAAGGCAC